AGGACAACAUGGCGGCUGGCAGUAAAGUCGGUUAGGCAAAGAGCAAAUGAAGCUACUUUUCGCUUGCUGCAGGUGUGCACGAGCAUCAAGCGGGCGACUGCCGAUGCUAGGGAAGCGCGUGACCUGCAGCUCGUGCUGCAUUCUCGGCAACAUUGGCACGCGAAGGUUGGGCACAGCUCAGGUCGCCACGACAACGUCGGCAGCAGACAGUAUGUGUGAAGGGGCCAUCAAGUUCACUUUGUUGCUUCGGCAACAGUGCUGGUAGUCAGCGGAAAAUACGGAAAUAAUGGUUUCGACGAGUGACCUACCCUGCUUGAUGGCCGUGCUGAGCCUGUCCUUAGGCUUUUCUCCAGUUACGGCAAAGUUUGAAAAUAUGACCAGGCGGCAAGUUUUGCAUUCUCUGCUUGAUGACCCAGAGUACGAUCCUCAAAUCCCACCCGACUUUGACAAAGAUGUUCCAACAAAUGUCACAAUUCAGAUCCACAUCCUCAGCUUCCACACCAUCAACGAAGUUUCUAUGGAUUACACAAUGACAUUCUACUUGCGCCGGAAAUGGGUGGACGAGCGCCUGGCCUUUACCUCGUUCCCCGGAGCGGAAGUUCUGGAGCUUGACACCAGGGUCAUCGACAAGCUGUGGGUGCCCGACAUCUACUUCCGGAACGAGAAGUCGGCGUCAGUGCACAAUGUCACGGUCCCUAACAGGCUUCUUCACCUGCAUAAGAAUGGCACUGUCUUGUACAGCUCCAGGCUGUCCAUGACACUAAGCUGUCAGAUGGACUUGACUUUGUUCCCAUUGGACGUACAGUCUUGUCCGCUAAUAAUCCAGAGCUAUUCUUACACAACCGCCAACGUGGAUUUUCAGUGGACGCAAGCAGAUGGUAAAGUGACCAAAGCAGAUGAUCUGGAGAUGGCACGAUUCAUUGAUGCGGGCGUAAUAACGGCGGACUGCAUUGGAAUGUAUGAAAGUCAGUUUGCCUGCAUCAUGGCCACAUUCAUGUUGAAGCGACACGUGGGGUACUUUCUGGUGCACAUGUUCCUACCUAGCGUGCUGGUGGUCAUCCUGUCCUGGGUCAGCUUCUGGAUUGACUCUGCUGCCACACCGCGCCGCAUCACCAUCGGAGUCAUGUCCAUCCUCACCAUGACAACCCAGAGCUCCGGGGUGCAGGCAAUUUUGCCCAGAGUAUCAUACAUCAAGGCCAUAGACGUGUGGAUGUCCACGUGUGUGGCUUUUGUUUUUGCCGCGUUGCUGGAGUAUGCCUAUGUCAACACGCUGAGCCGUCAAGAGGAACUGUUCAGACGAGAUGUGAGAGACAGCAACUCCAGAAAACAGGACACAGAAGUGUUGGAGACCCUAAUGCCAGACACACCGAAGGAACCGGAAAGCUCCUGGUCUUGACCCCCGUCGCGUGGACAAAAUUUCACGCUGGGCGUUUCCUGUCUGUUUUGCUGUCUUCACUUUGGCCUUCUGGACAGUGUAUGGAACACUUUCUGCUUUGCAAUGAGCAUAUUGUCGAACGCCAAUUUACCGGUGAUACAGGAUUAUGA